CGCCCCCUUGCUUUACAUGUUUUGAUAUUUUGGUUGUUCAGAGCCUUCAGAGAAAGCCAAGCAAGAGAUGAUUCACAUUUAGUGGCAAAUUUUCCUAUAGUUUAUUUCUUACUGCCUGCUUGAGAAAAAGAUAAAGAGAUGUCUCGUUUCGCCACAUUAGUGCCCAGCUUAUGCAAGUCAUCGGCGGUCCAAAGUAUGCGCCGGACUGCCAAACCAUCUAUGUCAAUACAAAUGCGCCCAAUGAGCUCAGAAUCAGACCUGAAGUUUCUGCAAAUUUCUGGAGACAGGAAGAUUGCAUACAGAAAAGUAGAGCCAAAAGAUCUAAACAGGCCAACCGUUGUGUUUGUUCCAGGCUUCAUGUCCACGAUGGAAGGGUUUAAGGCCACAAUGCUGGAUGAACUAUGCAGGAACCAUGGUCUUGGUUAUGUCAGGUUUGAUUUUGAAGGUCUUGGUCACAGCCCAGGCUCUUUUGAAAAUGUCCUUUUUGGACACUGGCUUGAAGAUUUGAGAAUAGUUGUGCAUCAACUAGUGCAGAAAAAGGCGCUUCUCAUUGGUUCGAGCAUGGGAGGAUGGCUGUCUAUGAAAAUGGCAAUGGAGUCACCUGAGAAGGUUGCAGCAAUAAUCAUGAUUGCGCCAGCUAUUAACUUUUUCAAGUAUUACUACGACUUCUUUUAUAAUUCAGUUGAUGACAAACACAAGGAAGUUUUAGACAACGGGGAGCUGCUGAUAUUGAAGAAAAAUUAUGGAAACAUAUUUUUAAGGAAAGGAUUCAGAGACGAUAGUAUCACGCAUCACUUAGAUCUUGACAAACCAAUAUCCAUAUCAGCACCUGUGAGGAUUUUGCAUGGAGUCAAAGAUCCAGACGUUCCUUUCAAACAGAGCUUGAAAAUCAUGUCUGCUCUUACAUCACUAGACGUUGAUGUCAUCUUUAGAAAAGAGGGCGCUCAUCAGAUGUCUGAACCUGCAGACUUGGAAUUGCUUGAGAAGACUGUACUUGAAGUUGUGGAGAAUUUAGACAAAAAGUCAAAGCUCUAAAAUAUACCUUGGAAAGUUCAUAAAUUUUUGGAUUAUAUUUGCGAGUAAUACUUUGUUUUGGUAUUUUGGAAUAUAUUUGUUGUAUUUAUUUUAA